AUAAAAGGGUAAUUCUGAGAAUUCACUUGAAUCAGUUAAUUUUUCUCUCGCCAAAACUCGUAACCGUUUCAUCGUUCUGUUCUGUAACUGCUACCGGCAUGGGAAACGCCUUCUUCUUCCACCUCUUCCUCCUCAUGCUGAGUCUGAGUUUCUUUGCCGUUACAGAAGCGACGCCGCCACCUUCAUCCAGAGGAGGAUGCACCGAUCAGCUAACUCUAUUCUCUCCGUGUCUUUCUUACGUUUCGUCUCUUCCAAACAACCUAACGGAGACACCUUCAACCGAAUGCUGCAACUCUUUCUCAUCGUCGUUCGCACCUAACUCCCUCUGUUUCUUCUAUCUCCUCCGUGGCAAUCACACCCUCGGCUUCCCUCUCAACUCCACAAGGCUUCUUUCACUCUCCUCCCUCUGCCUUUCGCCUCCACCUGCCAUCUCUUUUCUUGAUUUUCUUUGCCGAGAAUCGCCGAUUCUUCCACUUCUUGAUAGCGCUGAUAUUUUAGUGAAUCCCAACAAUUUUUCAGUAACAGGGUCAGUAUCAAAUGGUUCAGGAGGGAAAACAGUACCCGGCAAGGGCAAUGAAGCAGGGACAACAUUGUACUUUCCAUCGUCGAAUAGUACAACUUCAACUCCUAGUGAUGAUGCUAGAGACUUCUUCGAAUUUUGGCUACUCUGUCAAUUUAUUGCAAUUAUUUUUCGUAUGCCUCCAUUAUUCAACCUCAACAUACUCCAUUAAUGCUCAAAAAGCCAAGACAGUGGACUCUGUCAAACUCAUCGUGAUUGGUGGUUGAUCGAACAGUUGAUACAAUGAUAACAUCUUUUUCUUGUCCUUGAAAUUGCUCUACUCUGCCAACUUUGUCUAUACGGUGUUAUUUCUAGAUUUUCAAGUGUCUGUCUUAUUUUCAAUGGUUUAUGCUGGCUGAACUGCUUGAUAUAACCUUCUCAUAUUGAUCUUAUUAUAGGUGAAUGGACAUUAUAGAGAUCUUCAUCUCAAUACUAAUAGUAAAAAUAAUGUGUG